UUGUAUUUGUAGGUUAGUUUUAUUAAACAUUUCAAACACAAGCAAAUAAUUGUUUUAAUUCUUUACCAAUGUCUAUAGAAGCAGAAUUAAAAACUGCAAAAGAUACCAGCAGAAAAUCCGAAAAUCUACGAAAAAUGACCCUAAUUCAAUUAAAAGAAGUAUCGGCUCGCGAGGAAGCUUUAUUAAAAAAUAAAUCUCUGCUAUCAAAGUUACCGGACAAGGGAGCCGCUAUCAAAACCUUCUACAACAAAGUACUGGAAGAAAUUAGAGCGAAGGAGGAUUUAGCAGCCGUCGAAAUGAGUCUGCAGAAUUUAAACAUUAGCGAUUCGGAUAAACAUACUCAAAAAAUUUGCGGGAUCGAAGCGAGUCCGGCGAAAGAAAGGUACAAGCCUUGGUAUACUUUAAAUAGCACCAAAGAUAUCCACACCGAUCGCAAAGUAUUCCGAGCCAUGGAAGAUUGGAGCAAAUGCAACAAACCAACUAAAUUAAUUCCUUUAUCCGAAUCCCUCGAUCUCUUAAAGGAGCAAGAAGAAAAAGUUAAACAGGAGCAGUUUAAAGUCAAGCGGAGACAUCUAUUCGAAUUGAAUGAUGAAAGUGAUGAUAGUGGUAGUAGUACAGGUGAAGAAAUCGAUGAGAUAGAUGAAUGAGCUAGAAUGAUGGUUUAUUUAUUUGAAAAGUUGGCUCUGGGUUUCAAAAGACAUUUGUUAUCAGUAUUGAGGCAAUAUUUUGAUUACUAAGUCUCCAAAUGGGGCAAGAUGUAUUUUUCAAUUUUGUAGAUAUGUAAAUAAAUAUUUUUUAAUAAAGAAAUGGUAAUAUUUCGUUAAGGAUAUAUUAAUUUUAAGUUAUUUACCUAGGAGACUCGGCCUUUGUGUUAUUUGGUUCAAUAAAAC